AUGGGAGACUUAAUUAAAGAGAUCAACACCACAUCUGUUCUUAAUUUACAAUGGAGUCUAGAUUGUCUAGGUCUGGUGUGCGGCUUCGAAAAGAUCAGAAUCUUAUGGUCCAAUUUAACAAUUAAUUGCUGGGUGGGUAUUUAUAUCAAUACAAACAAUAAUACUAUGGGUUCCUGUGCUACACUGAUUGAAAUAAUUCUAGCGAUAAUUUUCCCGCCAAUUGCGGUCUUUUUUGCCACUGGUUGCAGUAUGGAUCUUCUUAUCAAUAUUCUUUUGACUUGCCUGGGAUAUCUUCCUGGUAUAAUCCACGCUAUGUUCGUCAUUUCGUCCAGCAAUCGUCCGAGACGACCGUCCGAGUAG